UAUUUUAAAUAUCAUUUGGCAAUCUAAUUUAAUUUUAUUCGGGCUUAAUGGCAGAUGCUGGAGAUGAAGCUGCUCCUGAGGCGGACGACACUGAAGAGACCCAGCAAGCAACUGAAGAUAAAGAAGAAGAUGAGGCACUCCAGGCACUAGAAGAAAAUGAAGAAGAAGCAUUGGAAGAAGCUGUAGUCGAUCCUUUUGAGCUGCUAGAUGAAGAUACUGAGGACAACGAAGAGCAAGAACGAAUGUAUCGCGAAUAUCUAGAUUUAACCCAACAGAUCGACUGCCAGAAUGCGAUCAUAAGGGAUAUGAAAGAUCGAAGAAAUGAACUGAGUGAUCAACAAUGUCCAACCCGAAAGGAUAGAGCCGAAAUCAAGCGAUUACGUAUUUGUAUUGAUCAAGAAUCCAUCAAACUUCACACCAUGACAAAUCGGGCUGUCCAACUGCAAAAUUUUGGGUCACAACGUUUAUAUGGCGACAUAGAACUACCGACCACUGAAAUUGAGGAAACCUGUUUCGUAACUCCUCCGAAUAAUAGAACUACAUGUCCCUCAUCAUCAAAAUCAUCAUCGAAACGUCCUCAAACUGCACAAGAUAUCUGUGAUUCGUGUGAUCCUUGUAAUACUUGUGAUCCGUCUAAUUCUUGUAAUGAUUCCAAUACAGAUUCGGAUGAUACCUGUUGUCCCUGAAGGAAUCCUGAUGAUACCUGUUGUCCCUGUAGGAAAACGUGUAAGGAAUAUUCUGUAGGAGCAUUCCAGAGGAUGGAACUACAAAAACUUAUUGUAGGAUAUGUGUCUAGUAUAAAGCUUAUUUAAAUACUAUC